AUGCCUGUGCAUGUCAUCGCGUGGCUACUGUGCUGUUACACCGUCACCAGGAGCCUGGCCACAACGUCCUUCCCAAUCCCACCGAGUGGCCACCACCUCCUACUCCAACACUCCCCUGUCGCAGUGGCGUUGCCGCCAGUGGCGCGACGCCAGAUGGAAGUGAUGCCAUCAGCGACGGAGCGGGAACCCUCCUGCUCGGAACUGCGCUCCAUGUGGAGGCACAUGAGGCGGAUGGGGCGCCAGAUGGAGUUCACCAACGAGAUCCCCAAAAUGCAGGAUCCGUUCAUGGCCAGCGCCAUGCGCUACGGUGGUGUCCGGAGAAGACCGAGCAAAUAUCCGGAUCCGAAUCCGUACAGCUCGGCAAAGUCUUCCAGCAAAGAACUAGUCUUCCAAAAAGCAGAUUUUAGUGGAUCCCCGAAUAAGGGACAGUUUGGUGAGAUUGUGAGAAACUCAAACCAGCUAUACGACUCUUCGCCCAACACUGUUUUGGAUAAUGGCGUGCCUCUUGGAUUCAGCAAGUUCGACGAUUAUCCAGGGUCUAAAUUCAUCGGAAGCUCCGCCCAUGUGCCGGGUCGCUUUGCCGACACGCCACUUCCAGAAGCAUCAUUAGGGUCAUAUGGGACUGUUGUGCACACACCAGAAGAAAGGGCUCGUUUCAGAGCCCUAACGAGAAGGCCUCCGGAAUUCAGAAGGUACAGAACACGUUGGGGCGACAGCACGGGGCUGGGUCGCAUUCCAUUCCGCCCCAGCAAACCAACCACGGAUCAGUAUCACUACGGGAGCGUGGUGACCCACGGGGAGCGCCACCCCUUCGGUGGAUUCGCAGAAUUCCCGCAAGAAGUCGGCCAGCGGACCGGAGCGUCGGCCAGGGUGGAGAGGAUCGAUAAAAUUCCCCUGGCUGGAAAGUUAAAGUGGCUAUUAACUUCAGAAUAG